AUGACCGCUUCCUCUCCGUCGCGAACUCCCUUUCCGAGCGUUGCGACCAAGGCUUCCACCACUGCCCAGUCGUCACAGGUGAAUGUGGCAGCUGAGAAUAAGCAGUCGUCCUCCAGUCCUCGUCCGGCCUCUCAGGUAGACGUCGCAGCCGCUACCAAGGCUACCUCUUCCGGCUCUCGUUCAUCCUCCCGAUCAAAUAUACGAGCAGACCACAAGGUCACCUCCACUCCUCAAUCAUCCUCUCGCAGCGCUCUAAGUGCCAGGCCUCGGCAAGAUGCGGCAGCUACAGAUCCAACUUCUGAAAGAGCAACGAUCGCCCUGAUCAGGAGAACAUUGGUGGCCGAAGGGGCCCUGGGAACCGACUCAAAGGGAUCGUCGACGGCCGGAAUCGAAGGAAUUCUACCUCCGCUUACCAGUUCAAACGAGGUCGAUGUGCAGCUAUAUGCCAUCAUCGCCAUUGUGAUCAAGGAAUAUGUCAACUCGUGGUAUUCCAAGAUCACUCCGGACCGUACCUUCGUGGAUGAAGUUAUCCAGAUUCUGGCACAUUGCACAAGGGCAGUCGAACAACGAAUACGCCAGAUUGAUAUGACAGAAUUGUUGUUACACGAGUUGCCUGUCUUGGUAGAAAGACAUGUUAAUGUGUACCGCACCGCCGCAACCGCGCAGGCGGAGGUCCCCUACGGAGAAAGCCCUCUGCGGAUCUAUCACGCCCUAGACCCGCAUCCAGCUCUUGACCCUACAGUGCCACCGGAAGAACAACAAAGCUACGAAGCUGCCUAUCGACAACUCCUUGUUCAAGGAGCACUUGCCGUCCUUCUCCCAACGGAAGAUUUGGCCAACGCUUGUCUCAGAACUCUGGUAGCAGACAUCAUCGCCGACCUCAUCCUUGGCCAGGUACUGGCGCAGAAAAUCUGCCAGCCAUGGUUCUUACAUGGAGUCGUCUCAAAGGUUGCGGAGAUUGUGAAAUCCCGCCCGACAGCUGCAUCUUCCUCCACCGCCGGUCAGCCCAUUCCUCCUCAAGACACCCGGCAGAGCCGGCUCGAACAAUUUGGCCUAUUAUCGUCGGAUACACCAGGUCAGGACAAUAAUUCGCCAGCAGGUCACCAAUCAGCGCUUAGUGCAUGGGUUUGGGGUCUGCUUCAGUACAUCUUCGUCGCGUAUCAGUUUCUGCGAUUCCUUCUCAUCGGCCUCGCCCACGCUCAGCAUCUUCCCCGAAGAGUCCGCCAACACGAGCGCCAUCAAGUCAGCCUCCCCGCCCCAACCCCAGCUUCUGAGAAGUCCUCCCGUGCAUCCACGCGGCCCCUAGUCGACGCUGACCGGCGGAGCCCUUGUGCAGUCAUCAGUUAUAGGGUGUUUGCUUGCAUAGCAACAGUCCUCGAUCUGGCGAUUCGCAUGCCGUGGUUGGAGAGCUCGUUCAGCUUCUUUCAGCACGUUCUCAAAGAAGGUCCUGGUCGUCUUGGCGGCCCAAACUCUACGCUCGACAAGCAGCCUUAUGACCAGGUCAAGGAUGCUUGUCUUUAUGAAUUCAAAUCGCAUCAACUCGAGGUCAUAUGA